AUGGAUGCCUCCCUAAUCCCGCUAUGGAGCGCGCCAGUGUACGUGUACGCGCCGACGCCGCCGCUGCUGCCCGUAAGCGUCGAGGAUGCGGAGGGAACGACGUUUAUUCUCAUGCUGCUGCUCGUGCUGCUGUGUGGCUUCAACGCUGCGCUGUACGCCGUGUAUCUGUACCUAUUCUGCGGAAAUAAGCGCGACUCGCUCGUGAUCCAAGCCGCCGCUUUCGUGUCGGUGUCAUGCAGCAUCGUACUUGCCGCGAUUGCCUCCAAGGCUGCAUACCACCGCACGCUCGUCGAGCUGUUCACGCAGCCCGGGUUCGACAUCAACACGAUCGAGUGGUUCGUACCCCUCUUCCACGCAUUCCAGGCCAUCCCUGUGGCUAUCGGACAGGUGUACUUUAUCCUGCGCAUCGCCAAGCUUUUCGACACACGGCGGGCGUCGAUCCGCACAAGUGUGUGUGCGGCGAUGGCUGGGGUGACGGCGCAAUUCGUGCUGAUGGUGUGGUUCGGAAUGGCGUUCUGGACUGUAAAGUACAAGUCGCAUCUACUCAACCCGCACAAGCGACACUGGAUACACGGCAUCAUCUCGGCAUGGGCGGUUAUGUUCAUCCUACUCGAGGUCGCCAUGACCCUCACGACGAUGGCAAGGCUCGCGAUCCUGCGUCGCCAGACAAGCAUGGAUGGCGCACGCCGCGUGCUGUUCAACCUCGCCGUCUACUCGCUCCAGGGUCAAGUUCUUCUGACCACGUGCUCGUUUACCUCGGUCUACCUCUUCCAGCACUCGGCUACCGGGUGGUACUCGCCGCUGUACCUCACGAGUGGUGGUCUGUACACGCUUGUGCUGCUGGCAAAUCUCAUCUACAGGAGCGCGGUCAGCAAUGCGAUGACCAAUUCGCGGAUGCAACCCUCCGUGCGCACGCAAGAGUACCAUCUUAGCCACGUCAACACUUUCCAUGCUUCGGUGCGGCCGGAUCCCGAGUCGAGCACCAGCAGCGUAAAGGAUGCAGGUGCAGCGGGGGAUCUCGAACGACCCCAGACGGCAACGACGAUCCAGUCGGUCCAUCCAAGGCAUUUUGUCCACUCGCGCAACCCGGUCCCGGCGCAUUCAAGGGCUAGCGCGCCGCUGCCGGUCAUGAUCGUCACCGAGCGCAGCACCGAAGUGUCUUCGCCCCCUCCGUUCAAUCACCGCUCGACCAUCAUCGCCACUAAGCACUUGGUCUCGUUGCUCUGCAAUGGGUACCCCGACCCGAGCGCUGCUGUUGCCCGGUCGAGUUCGCCAAGGUCGCAAAUCUCAUCGCUGGUGCUCCGUUGCACAUACGAGCAUGCGCACCAGACCUGUUCGCACACCUGGCACCACCCGGACAUGGGCGCGCUCAAGAAUGACCAGCUCGACCAGCAGGUCCAGCUCGUGCAGGAAGCGCUGUGCAAGAUUCUUGGUGUGGUGCCCGCUUGCACCUGUGCGCGUCGCGAUCAUCUCGAUCCGGCUAAGUACUUCAGCAACUGA